UCUUCAAGACGAUCUUUAUUAGCCUCGUCGCCGCCGCGACAUUGACCUCGAAGCGGCACCGAGUGGACGCACCAGUCCAAGCUAUAGAGCCGGAUUGCACCCAACAACACUCACACUUCGUCCAACAGUAGAUUCGACCAGCCAUAAUGCAGCUCAACUCGUUUACGCUGCUUCUCGUAGCUCUUGUCCCCGCCGGCCAAGCACUUGCCGGGCACAUGGGCAAGGGCAUCCCAGGCCACCACAUUCAGAAGCAUCACCAUGACCUCGCCACACCAUCGCUGCUGAAGCGGGCUCCGGCAGCGGCCGCGACCAACGACGCGAGCUUCGCCAAUAUUAACAGCACCACGGCGCAGUGCAAACCGUAUUAUAUCGAGUCAGUCAGCGCCUUCUCCAAGGAGUUCCCACCCGUGUGGGAAAUCGCAGACAUCCUGCCGAACGACACCGAGGCGCAGCAGAUAUGGCAGCGGAUCCAGGCAUCGGGCAAGAUCCCCGACAUCGCCCCCCGAGGGCUUCCGACCGGCAGCAUGCAGGGCAACGGCUCACGAUACGAUGCGGUUGCUGACCCGGAUUGCUGGUGGACAGCAACAAAGUGCACAACGCCAAAGCAUCCAGGCAUCCCCAACGACAUUGUCACAUGCCCCGAGCCACACAUAUGGGGCAUUUCCUUUGACGACGGCCCAAAUUGCACGCACAACGCCUUCUAUGACUUCCUCAAGGAGAACAACCAAAAGGCCACCAUGUUCUACAUUGGCUCCAACGUCAUGGACUGGCCACUGCAGGCUCAGCGCGGCCUCACUGACGGUCACCAGCUCUCAGCACACACAUGGAGUCAUCGCUACCUGACUGCACUCACCAGCUCGCAGAUCUUUGCCGAACUAUACUACACGGUCAAGGUGAUCAAAUACGUCGUCGGCGUGACCGUAACGUCGUACCGCCCGCCAUACGGUGACAUUGAUGACCGCGUGCGGGCCAUCGCCAACGCGCUCGGCCUCGACACGAUCAUUUGGACCGACGACACGAAUGACUGGCAAAUUGCACCGCAGGGCCCUUCGCCGACUGCGGUGAUCGACCACAACUACGGCUCCAUCAUCGCCAAGGCUACAUCCACCCCGCUGGACCAGGCCGGCAUCCUCGUCCUCACGCACGAGAUUAACGGUGAAACAAUGGAUGAGUGGAUGAAGGAGUACCCGCUGGUGAAGAACGCGUUCAAGCACGUCGUCCCCAUCGACACAUGCCGCAACAAGACACAGAUCUACCAGGAGCAACAGUAUGUGUACCCGAACUUUUCGCAGUACAUACAAGGCAACACAAUGCCGCAAGGCCUGCCGAAGGCAAACGCGAUCAAAGCGAAAGCAGCGCAGUACACCAUCACGGCUAGCCAGCCGAGCCGGCCAUUAACAAGCACAGCAGCUGCCAGCAGUAAGGGUACAGGCAGCCAGGCCGGUUCCAAGAGCGCAGCGACUGCAUCGUUCUCCUCAUCCACCCUCGUGCUCGUCGCUGUUGCUGCUGCCGUCAUCGUAGGGAGCUCCGUCACGCUUGCGCUCUGAACCGCUCCCGCACAUCUGCAUUCUAAUCACUGUCCAGACGAGCUCCCACCUCAACCUCGCAUUUAACUUCUUCGCCUCAAAUCAUCCGCUCAUUAGUGCACAUACACCACAGUUCCACCCCACUCAACGUCCAUUGUAGCAGUAACAUAAGCCCCUAUCCGCUUUUUUCGUCUUUCGCACAUCCAUCGCCGCCGCCGAUGCCAUCAUCAUCGUUCUCGCUGCAGGCGGCCGAGCCCAAACAACGCAAGGCAUACAGAUUCAUC